CCAACUCUGCCGAGGGGCGGUGCCGUGCCGCAGUCACGUAGCUCAGGUUCCUGCGCAGCGGCCGCGUGUGCAGUCCCGUUCUUCUGCCGCCGUCCCGCGUCUCUCCGCCAACAUGCCGAUGUUCAUCUUGAAUACCAACGUGCCCCGCAGCUCCGUGCCGGACGGGUUCCUCUCCGAGCUUACGCAGCAGCUGGCGCAGGCCACCGGCAAGCCCGCCCAGUACAUCGCAGUGCACGUGGUCCCGGACCAGCUCAUGACCUUCGCGGGCUCAUCGGAGCCCUGCGCGCUCUGCAGCCUGCACAGCAUCGGCAAGAUAGGCGGCGCGCAGAAUCGCUCUUACAGCAAGCUGCUGUGUGGUCUGCUGUCCGAGCGCCUGCGCAUCAGUCCGGAUAGGGUCUAUAUCAACUAUUAUGACAUGAACGCUGCCAACGUGGGCUGGAACAGCACCACCUUCGGUUGAGGCCCCUUCUGAAUUCACCUGCAACGCCAGCUCCAGAGUCCCAUAGUGAUUUGUAACCCUCUUUCCCAAGGGACACCCCUCCCAAGUCAGGACAAAUAAAUGGUUUUGCGACCA